CCCAUACAAUCACAUCCCGUAGUCUCGGGCAAGGAACGCAAGGAUAGCAAAUCCUUUACCAGUACCGACAGCUCCCACAUCAACAACACCGUACGUGCAGUAGCAGUCACAAAGGGUCGUUACAGUACAGCAUGGUAGUACGAACCCCGCGCCAGGGCGCGUUUGUACGUCUAUGGCAAACGUGCAUCGUCUUUUUGUUGCUAGGCAGCCACGUGUUGCUCGUACCGGUAGUGCAGGCUGCAUCUCGCGACUACUACCAAAUUUUGGGAGUAUCACGCGACGCCACCAUCAAGGAAAUCAAAAAGGCCUACCGGCAAAAGUCGCUCGAGUUUCAUCCCGACAAGAACAAGGACGAAGGUGCGUCGGAGAAGUUUGCCGAAGUGGCUCGGGCCUACGAAGUGCUUUCGGACGACGAAUUGAAAGCCGUCUACGAUCGACACGGGGAAGACGGUUUGAAGCAACGCGAACAGCGUGGUGGGGGAGGAGGAGGAGGAGGCUUUGAAGAUCUUUUCUCGCAGUUUGGCUUUGACUUUGGCGGUGGACGACAGCAGCGCGAUCAAGAACAGCGCACGCCGGAUGUCGAAAUUCCACUCUACGUGUCACUCAAACAGUUAUAUCUCGGUGAAACCAUCGAUGUCGACUACGUCCGUCAGGUACUCUGUUUGCAGUGGGAAAUGUGCGUCAAGAGUGCGCCCGAUUGUCAAGGGCCGGGCGUCCGGGUACGCCGACAACAACUCGCCCCAGGAUUUGUACAACAGGUCCAACAAAGGGACGACCGCUGUGUGGCCCGGGGUAAGCAAUGGCUGGAUAAGUGUCGCGAAUGUCCCCGCCAGACGGAAACGGAACGAAUCCAAGUGACUAUUGAAAUCCAACCAGGAUUCCGUGCGGGAGAAAGGGUUAGCUUCGAAGGCGUGACGGACGAAAAACCCGGCUUCAAACCGGGCGAUUUGCAUUUUGUACUCAUGGAAGAACCGCACGAUGUGUAUCACCGGGAUCGGGAUGACUUGUACAAGACUAUGGAAGUCCCAUUGGUGGAUGCGUUGACGGGAUUCUCCGUCACGCUCAAGCAUUUGGACGAUCACGAGUACACGGUGACGGUGGAGGAUGUGACGGAUUGUGAUCACGUCUUGCGCGUGCCGGGAAAGGGAAUGCCGCGACGCAGCGGGCGUGGCUUUGGUGACCUGUAUCUCACCUUUGAAGUCGACUUCCCCGAUACACUGACUCGUGAACAAAAGGACGCCAUUCGCAGUAUUCUGGCUCCGGGAGAAGAAGCGAAGCAAGAAUUGUAG